AUGCUGACAACAAGACGUUACACAUUGGAGCGGGGUGAGUGGGACAGUAGGGAGCUUCAAGCGAGGUUGAAUUCAGGAUAUUUCAACACAGAGGUUUUAAGGGAGGAAACCGUUCACAGGAUUGCACCGGAAAGGGUGGAUGAUGUUGUGGAGGAGUUAUUGCUGCGUUGGCCGAUGUCUUCCCUUGUGGGAUCGAUCACCAGCCGAAUGAGGGUCUGGUUUCGGAACCGUGGCCGGUUCUUUUCCCCUGCUUCAAAUGAGCCGUGUAUCACCGAUCGCAAGUUGGAGUCGAUGCUUUUAAAGAAGGCGGGAUCUCUGAGGGUGCCGUUGAGAGAAGUUCCAAAAGCGAUCCGGAGGGAACAACGGAGGCGACGAAUACAUGAGGCAACACGACUUCGAGGCGAGGCUAUAAAUCACACCAUUCCAUUGGUCUUGGUCGAUCGUUGGGGAGACAAGUUUCAAAUUGCGACGGUAGAUGAGGCAAGACUCCGGGUUAGCCCGUCGUGUUUGGUAUGGGCCUACGACGUUAAAAAAUAUGGCUGGUGGAAGACGGUGCCUAAAGGUAUAGAUCCGGUCCGGUUGUCGGUUUUCGGUUUGGCCAUAGCAGUCGAGGGAAUUCGAAGCCAAGCGCAUACCUUGUCAGCUUCCUGUUAUUCGUGCACAGAAGACGAUGUAAAACAUCGUGGUGGAAGAGGAUGUGAGAGAUGCGAAAGCCCCUGGGAUCUUGAGGAGUUUUGGGAAUGGCUGCGUUCAAGACAUUUUUGUGAGACACGCAGUUUUCACAGUGACGGCGUGCCAACAUUUAGGGACCUUGCGGAUGAGAUUGUUAAUAGUAUCGGCUUUGCACCGCCGGGCAGAAACGGUGCUCGGCGUGUUAGCUCGCCGUGGGAGUGCGAUCCAACGUUAUUCUGCGUAAGUUCUCAAACUGUGAAUAGACGGAUUGUUAACUGGUGGAGUUGGACUACCCGGGCAGCCGACCAAAGCUCUGAUGGUCUAUGCCGGUGGGAAUUCGAACGAAUCCUCCUGUACAGAUUAGCUGAACUUGACCGGCAAUCGGGGACGGACUAUCUUUCGGCUCGAGAGUUUCAGUAA